GAAAAACACGGACGAGGAGCAGACUGGAGUCAGAUUUAGGUGUGGACAAGGACUUCAAGCGACCUGGACUAGACUGAAAAGGACUAUCUAAAGAUGGACAAUAACGGAACAGAAAUUGAGAAGGUUAAGGACCUGCCAGAAGAUACAACAGAAGGUGUGGAGGCACUUCCCCAGGAGAUUUUUCAGGUGCAGGGUCUGCUGGUGGAGCUGCGCGAGGGGCUCCAUGCAGCUCUGGCCGAGUUGGGUGAGCUACGUCGGAGGGACCAUGUUUUAGAAGAGAAGCUCCAAGCACAUCAGACUGAAGUGGAUGAUAAGAUAAUGGGCCUCAAGAACUCGCUCAACACAUUUAAGGAGGAGCUGAAUGUGGCAUUGUUCCACAUUAGAGAUAUGUCCAACAGACAAAGAGAGGCACAGAGGAGGAUGGAGCUGCUGCAGAUUGAAAGCAACAAGGAUAUAAUCCCACUUCCACAUAGGUCCAGCAGCAGGAAGAACUCCAGGGCAGAUAUGGUAGCACCAUCUGAGGCCGAACACAUCUGCACAACCAACCAAUCAGAGCUCAGCGUUUAUCAAAACUUUUUCCCAACUCUGCCUCAGGGCGAGUCUCCACAGAGAAGCAACACAUCUACACAAACCUCUACAUCUGACCAGGAGGCUCAGCAGCAGCAACAGAAACCUCCUACAUGGGAAGAAAAGACUAACAGCAGAGAUCAGAUGGAAAUCUCAAACAACCAGACUGAAAACAAGAAGCGGCAAAGAGCCGCCCUGGAGCUGUUGGAGUCAGAGAGGGUCUAUGUGUCCCAUUUGUCUCUGUUACUGAAGGCCAACAUCUCCUUCAACGGAUCAGAAGCUCUAACUACAAAGGACAAACGUCCUUUUCCUAGCUCUUUAAGGUUUUUGAUCCAGCAGCACCUGGAGCUCCUUCACACUCUGCAGGAGCGCGUGCUCAGGUGUCAGUGGCAAGGCAUCAUGGGAGAUGUAUUCAUGAGGCUCACCAGCAAAGAAAGUGAUUUUCUGGACUUCUACGUAUCCUAUCUGAAGGAGCUUCCAGACUGUCUGUCAGUUGUCACUAUGCUGGCUUCCAGCUCCAUGAAGUCCUCUGCUUUUGUGGAGUGUGACAUACUGGGUGAUGAAUCCAGACCUUCCCUUUACACCCUGCUCCUUCAACCAGUCCAGAGGAUCCCAGAAUACCUGCUGCUGUUACAGGGACUGCUUAGGCAGACAGGGGCAGAUCACCCAGAUUACUACCUGCUGCUGGUGUGCGUCCAAACGUUCAGGUCCUUCACUGCUCAGUACCACCACCUCCUUCAGCACAACCAGGAGCUUCUGCUGCUCAACCGCAAGGAGGUGCAGAGGUCUAACAUGAAACAGCUGCUAAAGACAGUGGAAGGUGGGAUUCAAACUAACAACAUUGGUUCACCUUACCCUGGCAGUAAUGCAAUGUUGGAACAUGCAAAUAUGGUGAAGCGCCGAAAGCAGUGUCUCCUGGAGCAGAUUCAGUCCCACCGUUUCCAAGAUUGGGAUCACAGUCAAGAUCCUCAGAGUCAUUGUUAUAAUGCAGAGUGGCCAUCCCAGAUGCCAUUCUUCAGUCACAAUCUGGACUCAAGGAAUCCAAAACAAGCAGGUCUUGGCAGCAUCCCAGAGAGUGAGAUGUCAGAGAUGUCAUGUCAGCACAAUCUGCCCAGCAGACCUGCUGAAUUUCGUCAGGUUCAGCCAGGCUCGGCUCUGGCUGAUGCCCUCGGGGAGUUCCUCCUUCCUCCGGACCUUCCGGGGAUGGAGAGCCUCUACGAGGAGGAUGGGGUCUCACUUCAUGAUGCGUCUCUGUUGGACCGCUGCUCCUCUGCAUCCUCUGACUCCUCCAUCGACAUCGCCUUUGUGAAGUGCCCCAAAGCCCCCCAAGUAUCACAGCAUGCAGUGGUAACGAAUGUGCCAACAAACAGAGAUGUCUUUGGCAAUGGAGGAAGCCAAGGUAAUGGUUACAGCAAACCGCCCAACCGGGGUUGUGUGUCACCAGAUGAAGCUGUAAUGACACGUGUCAAACUUCAUCGCCCCCUUCAGGCUAACCAGCGCAAGAGUAAGUCACUGAAUGGCCUCCAGAUGGAAAACACAGUGAGUGGUCUCGAAGUGGGGCCACUUUCAGACCACCUCCAAAGAGUGGGACUGGGCAGCCACGCCAAACUGGAGCGUCAGGGCAGUAAAGGCAGUAAAUGUUCCACCCCGUCGCACAAAGUCCACAGUCCCCUGGGGAACACGGACAAACAGAGUUCAGAUCUUCAUGGACUGCUACACAUUGACUCGAGCAUCCAGUCAUGGGGUGACGAGUCAAAGUGGAGGAGCGGGACAGAGGAGAACAACCACACCCCCUACAGCGAGAGGAGUCGCAAAGACAAGGGAGGCUUUAGGAGCUCGUUCAAGAAACUCUUCAAGAAGAAAGCCGCUGAGGAGAAGAAGGAGAAAGGAGGAAAGACACCCGAAAAUCCUAACAAUGUUGAACAUGACACAGCGAUGAAAACUCCCAAACUGGUUCAUCUGGAGAUAAACCGUGGCACAGCUGUAUAACUGGUUUAGUUGGAAUCACAGAGCUUUAUAUAAAUAUUGUCUGACAUACACAGAAACUUUCCACAAGUUGAAAUGUGCUUUUUGGUUUAAAGACAAAGUCCUACCCCUGGCCUUCAGAGUGAAGAAAAGCACUAGUACGAAUACAGGUGAUUUAUAUAUAAUUGUUUUAUUUAAACAAAAUCACAUUAAAUGUUCCUGUCAGUAGUUUUAAAUUCUUUAUUUCGUUGAAGUUUGAUUUAAGCAACAUCAGAAUGAAACAGGUUGUAAUUUUGUUUCCGGUCUUGUGUCAGAUUGCGCUUUCAUCCCAUUAUUGUAACUUAUGAUUUUCUUUUAUUCCUUAGACUUUUCAGCCAACUAAGCUAUUCCUGCUCAUUUCAACCUUUUAUUUACAAGGUUUUUAAAACCAAACUAUAGAAGCCAGACGUCAAGCCUCUGGUUUAUCUUUGUUUUGCUAUACCCAGAAUUACUGCAUAUACUCAGGAAACAUUAAACAGGAACAAUGUCUACAUUUGUAUGAGCUUACGAUGCUAAUGUAAAUACACUACAUGUCAAUUUGAAUGUUUGUGUUCUUUCUGUACCAAAUUUAGCUUAAGGGAGAAAUAAGCUCAAUUAAAGUUCACAGCUAUU